CCUCUCGAAGCGAGCGUGUGUGUCCGUGUAGGGGAGAUAAUAGAGCUGGAGGAGGGCAGGGUCUGGGUUCCUGAUAUUGUGCAGUAGCUCUGAAAUAUUUUUGAACUUGUUUGCAUGCUUUGUUAGUGACAUAACACUUGAAAAUCGCAGAGCUUUACGAAUAAACAAGUUCUGCCUUUUAGGAAGAUGGCUUCGGUGGAAACCUGUGCAAACAGUGGAGACGAUCUAUAGGAAUUGAAACCUUCUUUCCUGGUGAACUUUUCAAACUACACAAAGCGCAGAGGAAACGCGCAAGGGCGACAAGACAGAUUAAUACAGCCGAGGAAGGUUUAUUCAUCUCUAGAUGUUUUAUCGGUAAGAAAUCAACAGAUUUUUGGAAGCUGAAAAGGAUAAAAUCCCGGAUUUUUUAAAGUGUUUGGCUUGCAACGAUGACGCUGUGAAGCUGAGUGAAAUGCGUCUGGCACAAUUCAUUUCUGCAAGAAGGGAUAUCUCAACUUUGAACGCUUAUUUGCGUCGCUUUUCUUUUUAAUUACGAACUGCAUAAUAUACGAAGUGCCACAUACAUCGCUGCCCCAUGCCAGACGGAAGUGAUUUGAGGUCUGUUUUGGAAAGCUGCGAGAAAAGCCGCUGAUAACCGGUGCAGAAUGCUGGUGUUAGAAUUGCGUAACGCUACAGGCGGACAAACUUUAAAAACACCAACAGGCGUCGAGGGGAACACUGCGCUGUGACUGUGUCAGAAGUCGACCGGACCCCGUAAAUAUCUCCCCCUCCCCACCCCAGAAUGAGUGAAGACGUCGAAGGGAUAUCACUUUCGGUGCCGUCUUUCUGGCCUUCUCCUGACGCAGAGGAUGAGCCGGGGAAUCCUGCUCGCUCCCUUGGGGACGGUAGGACCGGCCGCGCCGGUCUGGUCCCCGCCGCCGGCACUUUCUGGCGAGACCCUGCGUCCGGCGGCGGGGCAGGGGCCGGGGCCCGGGCUGGGGCGGGCGCCCUGAGCUGCCCCGCUGACUGCGGGGGUCUGUUAUCGGUCGGGAAGCGCCACAGCAGGGCGAUCACCGUGGCAUAUGUGAUCAACAGCGGAGUGAGCCAGACGCACGCCGCCGAGAACAUGGCCCUCCAGUGCCUGAGAGACGCCUGUGACGGCGUGGGCAGCAAGCUGGUGACCGUGCACUUCGGCAAGCUCGACUUCGGGGAGACGGCUGUGCUGGAUCACUUUUACAACGCAGACAUCGCCGUCGUGGAAAUGACGGAUGCGUUCCGGCAGCCUUCCCUUUUCUACCACCUUGGAGUGAGGGAGAGCUUCAGCAUGGCCAAUAAUAUCAUUUUAUACUGUGACACAAACUCCGAUUCGCUGCACUCCCUGCAGGACAUAAUAUGCCAGAAGAACACUACCUGUACAGGGAAUUAUACCUUUAUACCGUAUAUGGUGACGCCGCACAAUAAAGUCUACUGCUGCGAAAGCAGUCUGAUGAAGGGACUGACGGAAUUAAUGCAGCCCAGCUUUGAGGUGCUGCUCGGGCCCAUCUGCAUGCCUCUUGUGGAUCGCUUUGUCCAGCUGCUGAAGGUCUCGCAAACCAAUUCUUGCCAGUAUUUACAUGAAACCAUUUUGAAUAAAAUCCGGAAAGCCCGGGAAGUCUACAGUGGCGCGGAGCUGGCAGCAGAGCUGGAGCGGAUCCGGCAGCGAGUGGACAACAUGGAGUGUCUGUCGGCAGACGUCGUCAUCAACUUGCUCCUGUCCUACCGAGACAUUCAGGAUUACGACGCCAUCGUGAAGCUGGUGGAGACCUUGGGGACGCUCCCAACGUUCGAGCCCGCGGCCCACCCCCACGUGCAGUUUCAUUACGCUUUUGCGCUGAACCGGAGAAAUCUGCCCGAGGACAGAGAGAAAGCAUUGUCGAUAAUGCUCCCCCUCGUGCAGUCAGCGGAGCAGCAGGUGGCUUCUGACAUGUACUGCCUGGUUGGCCGUAUCUACAAGGACAUGUUUAUAGAUUCACACUUCACUGACACGGACAGCAGAGACAGUGGUGCCCAAUGGUUUAAGAGGGGAUUUGAAUCGGAGCCAACACUACAUUCGGGGAUCAACUAUGCGGUCCUUCUCCUGGCAGCAGGACACCAAUUUGACACAUCUUCUGAGCUUCGAAAAGUUGGCAUGAAGCUCAGUAGCCUUCUUGGUAAAAACGGAAGCCUGGACAAGCUUCAGAGCUACUGGGACGUGGGGUUCUUCCUGGGGGCCAGUAUCCUGGCCUGCGACAAUCUGAAGGUGGUGGAAGCCUCCGAGAGGCUCUUUAAACUCAAGGCCCCUGUGUGGUAUCUGGGAUCUUUAGUGGAGACUAUACUGAUUUAUCAGCAUUUCAAAAAACCUUCCGGAGAGCAACCAGGCCCUAAACAGGAACUGGUGGACUUCUGGAUGGAUUUCCUAGUGGAAGCCACAAAGAAGGAUGUCUCCUCUGUUCGUUUCCCAGUUCUAAUACUAGAACCUACUAAGAUCUACCAGCCUUCGUAUUUGUCCAUCAACAACGAUGCUGAGGUGAAGACCGUGUCCAUCUGGCACGUACAUCCAGACGACAAGAAAGGUAUUCAUGAGUGGAACUUCACUGCUGCAUCCAUCCGUGGUGUGAGUGUGUCAAAAUGUGAUGAACGUAGUUCCUUUCUUUACAUUCUGCACAAUGCUGAAGACUUUCAGAUCUACUUUUGCACUGAGCUCCACUGUAAGAGGUUCUGCAAGUUGGUAAACGGCAUGAUUGAGGAAUCCGGGAAGGGUCCAGAUGAGGGAGACUGCGAGACGGACUCCCUGGAGUACGACUACGAGUACGACGAGAAUGGAGAGAGGGUGGUGCUGGGAAAGGGGACGUAUGGAGUUGUAUACGCAGGCAGAGACGUGAGCAACCAGGUCAGGCUGGCCAUCAAGGAGAUCCCUGAGAGGGACAGCAGGUAUUCUCAACCUCUCCAUGAGGAGAUUGCGCUUCAUAAACACCUGAAACACAAGAAUAUAGUCCAGUAUCUGGGCUCCAUCAGUGAAAAUGGCUUCAUCAAAAUUUUUAUGGAGCAAGUGCCUGGAGGAAGCCUCUCGGCACUUCUCCGAUCCAAAUGGGGGCCUUUAAAGAACAAUGAGGCGACUAUAGGAUUUUACACCAAGCAGAUCCUGGAAGGCUUGAAGUAUCUGCAUGACAAUCAGAUUGCACACAGAGAUAUCAAGGGGGACAACGUGCUGAUAAACACAUACAGCGGAGUUCUUAAAAUCUCUGAUUUCGGCACUUCCAAAAGGCUUGCUGGAAUCAACCCUUGCACAGAAACCUUCACAGGUACGUUGCAGUACAUGGCUCCAGAAAUCAUCGACAAGGGCCCCAGAGGCUACAGUAAGCCUGCGGACAUCUGGUCUUUGGGCUGCACCAUUAUUGAAAUGGCCACAGGGAAGCCACCUUUCUAUGAGCUGGGGGAGCCACAGGCUGCCAUGUUUAAGGUGGGGAUGUUCAAAAUCCACCCCGAGAUCCCCGAGUCCAUGUCUGAGGAGGCCAAGGCUUUCAUCCUGCGCUGCUUCGAGCCCAACCCCGACAAGCGCGCCGCCGCCCUCGACCUGCUGACCGACGAGUUCCUCACCGUCACCAGCAGGAAGAAGAGGCUGAAAAGCAGCUUCACAGCUCUUUCCCCAGGAUCAGAGUACCUGCGCAGUGUCUCCCUGCCAGUGCCCGUGGUGGUGGAGGACACCACCAGCAGCAGCAGCGAGUACGGCUCCGUCUCUCCCGACAACGACCUGAAGACGGAUCCCUUCGUCUUCAAGCCCAGGGCCAAGUGCUUCAGUGAGCGGGAUAUAAAAGGGAGCAGAGGCUUAUACCUGAGCAUUCCAGUUGAAAAUUUCGAGGACCACAGCGCACCCCCAUCUCCUGAAGAAAAGGACCCUGGGAUCUUCAUGUUGAAGAAAGACAGUGAGAGACGAGCCACACUGCACAAAAUCCUGACAGAGGACAAGGACAAAGUGGUGAAGAAUCUGGUGGAGGCCCUGGCACAAGGGACAGAGGAGACCAAGCUAAAAGAAGAACUCAUUUCCACCCUUGUGGUGAGCUUGGGUGAGUUUGUGAGGACCACAGAUCGCAAAAUCAUUGCCAACACCCUCUCUCAGCUCAAGCUGGAACUGGACUUUGACAGCCCCGCCAUCAGCCAGCUGCAAGUGGUGCUGUUUGGCUUCCAGGAUGCUGUGAAUAAAGUUUUGAGAAACCAUAAGAUUAAGCCUCACUGGAUGUUUGCCCUGGACAAUAUUAUCCGCAAAGCGGUCCAGACUGCCAUUACAAUCCUGGUGCCAGAGCUGAGGCCGCACUUCAGCCUGGCUUCGGAGAGCGACGCGGCUGACCCGGAGGACCCGGAGGACGAGCUGGACCCCGGCGGCGGCGGCGGCGGGGCCGCGCCCCAGAGCGGCCAGCGGCCCUGCGUGCGCCACGACGACACGGUGCCCACCUCCGGCGUGAGCACGCUCAGCUCCACCGUCUCCCACGAGCCCCGUGCCGGCCCGCGGUCCAUCAGCAUGGAGCUGGGCAGGAUGAAACUGGAGACCAGCAGGUUGCUGGAGGAGCUGUUGGAGAAGGAGAUGGAAUAUCGGAACAUCCUUCAACAAGUCCUGGAGGAGAGAGAGCAGGAAAUCAGACUACUGAGAAUGAAAUCUGAGCCAAUUGAUGUACCUGCCUCAUCAGUGUGCCGCCACCAUCCCUCUGCAGCGGGACGCGGGGACCCUGAGCUGUCCCAGUGGCUGAAGGAACAUGGUGCCGAUGACGACGCCGUUGAAAGGUUCCUGGCGGAAGAUUACACGUUGACCGACAUUCUUCACGAUGUGACAAGAGAUGACCUGAAGAUCUUGAGAUUAAGGGGAGGCAUGCUGUGUAAGCUGUGGAAAGCCAUCACAGAUUUUCGAGAGAAGCAUUCGUAGACACCUUGGGAUACCGAUGUGUUUAUUGGACAAAGACCUUAAUCAAUACGGAACCAGUAUUCUUUUUGCUGCACUUUAUUUUUCAGUAAUUUAUGAGACCAAAUUAGACUCAUCCUGAUUAAAGGAAUGAUGUACUUGGGGUAAAUGCUUUAGUUACAAAUGUACAUAUUUCUAAAAUAUUGAACAAGUACUUUCAUACCCUGGGUGCUCCAGUUUCAGGCCCUUGAGGUUUCCAGCUGUAGAGCCACUGGAACUAUUUCUUGGGGUGAAUGAGACGGGACAUUACGUGCAGGCUGCUGUAGCCACAGGGUUGACUGUGUUUUUAUAUGUAUACACAAACCAGAAUUCUUCAGUUGUUCCAGCAAAGAAUUCAGUCUGAGUUAUAGCGCCAUCUAUUGAAAUUGGGAUAAACAGCAGCUUUUGGAGUUGACUAACUUUUUAAAACAAAAGACCAUCUGAGAAGGUAUUUUUAAGUCAGACUUCAGUGAGUAUUUGAUAAAAUAGAUACUGUUUGCUUUUCUUUGAAAAUUAAAACUUACCUUGGUAACUAGUGUAUCUUAUUUUUCUUAAUAUUCUCUUCACGUAUAUUGGAACUGAGACUAAAAAAUUAUAACAAACCACAAAGCUUGAGUCGAUUUGUUUUUGGAAUGGACCAGAAUAUCUUUUUAGCGCUGUGUUCGAGCCCGCUAUGCCCUGUACUCUUUCUGUAGAUUGAAAUUAAUUAUCCACUUUCUGUUUUAAAAUUUAAAUACAUUUGUGUGAGUUGUACCAAGAUGUGAGAGUUUCUAAGUUUAUAUGAGUUAAUUGAUGUUUCCUUCCUAAGCAGCAUAGCUUGGAUCUGUAAUAUAAAGGUUUAAAAUAAUUCUCUUAGCAAGUAAUCAUUCUUGGUCUCUAGCUACAGAUAACACCUAAAUUUUGUUGCCAAGAGCUUAAUUUGUAACUGUGCUGUUUCCACUUUUUGUGUGCAGUGUGGUCAGCAAAACAGUGAACAUGUACAUUUUAAUUCUGAGAUAAAACAACACACAUAACUUGCAGUUGAAAACUGACUGUACGUACUGAAAAACUGAGACAAGAUCAUAUGCACCAUAUCUCAUUGCUCAGUGAUUUUGUCAAAACACCUGAAGCUCUUUCAUUUUUCCUUUAUAAGUAAAUGUGACAGUGGAACAAAACUUUGAGAACUGCUUUGAAGUACAUAGAUUUAUAUACUGUGUUUACACCUGUAAGUAACAGAUUUAAAUAUGCAACGCAAAACAAAAUGUUUGCUUCCUCUUUUUCUGUGUUUUAGUUCAGUUUAAUAAAUUAUUUGACAUACAUUAACUUUUCAGUUGAGCCAUAGCAAAUACAGAUCGGGGAAACAAACAUGUUUUUAUAGUGCAAAACGUAGGAGGAUCAUUGUGCCAUUAUUAAUAAGGAUGCAUAUAUAUAUAGAGAGAGAGAAACUUAACAGACUAAUGUCUAAUGGUAAUGUUAGAUUGUGUAAAGACCUUUCCAGUUAUACAUUAUUCCCUUUUUCUUUUUAACUUGCAUAUCCAAAUGGAAAAUGCGAAUAUGAACUAAUAUUUUUUACACAUUUUCAAACUAUUGUAAUGUUUGAAUACUCGUUUUUAACUGAUUGCUUGUCUUUUUUGUUUUUAUUUAUAUCUGUAAUGUAAACAGACGAGAUUGUGUCUGUGAAUAAUUUUAAUGUUUCAAGGUGUGGAUGAACUGUAAAAAUAAAAAUGAAAUUUUGCAAUCA